AUGUCCGAUGCAUUGGCGGAGGCGCUGCUCGGCGCUGUGGUUCGAGCGGGCGGCUCUCGCCAGGUUGUGGCGGCCACGGCGGUCGCCCUCUGGCGUGCUGGUCGUGCGGUGUCUGCCCAGGCGGCCGACGAGAAGGAGGUCCUGGAGGAGAUCGAGGCGAGGAUCGAGAUGAUCAAGCCCGUGAUCGGUGCGAAGGUCCGCGCGGCCCAUGACGAGGUAAAGGUGAACCUCACGGGCGAGGACAAGGCCAUCAGGAACGUUGCGGAGCGUGCGCUCUUUGGUGAAGGAGUUGCAGCCCUCCCGAAGGAUGGGAAGGAAGCGAAGCGGAGGCAGAGGGGCAGGCGCCGUGCUGGCGCGACCCUCCGUGCAGCCGCCAGCAGCAGUCCGGGCUCGGACCAGGAUCCUGAGAAGCUCCGCGACAUCCAAAGGGCGGCCCAGGAGGUGGCCGCCCUCCACAAGCAGCUGGCGAGUACCCAGGAGGCCGUAGACGAGGCCAUCCAGCAAGCCUUCGACGAGGGCAUCUUCGACUGUGCCAGCUUUGUGGUGCGGAGGCUCGUGUUCCUGCGCCUCGGCUCGGUGCGGAGUCUCGUGUUCCUCCUGCGCCGAGCGUGCUGCCCUGGACGUGCGAAGGCCACGCUGCGCGAGACCAGGAGCGCGCUGGACCAGCGGAAGGAGGCGGAGCACCAGGCCGCCAAGCUUGGAGACGCCGGCGGCAGCGGCGGGGGAGCCGACCGUCAGGGGCAGCUGCAGUCGGCCCUGAGAGAGAGCGACACGCUCGUCAGGAGCCUGCGGGCAGAGCUGCAGAGCACCGCGGCGGAGAACGCGGGCCAUGUUGGGCGGAAGGGCGGCGACAACUCUCUGGUGGCAGCGGCGGGCCGCCCCACGGAGAACAAGGCGCCCACGCUAGGGGCAUGGCUCGGGCUCGCGUGCCUCUUCGCGGCGGCCUCGACAACGGGCGCCGAGCGCAUCCGCUACGCCGGCCAGAGGGCGACCCUGGACAUCCAGGAGGUCGAUGACAUCAGGGUAGAGCGGAUCACCCGCAGCGAGAGGCUCAGCCUCAGGCAGCGGGGCCUCCGGUUCCACGAGGUGAAGGACAAGCACUUCGGAGACAAGUUCGCGGAGGGCCUCCGGAAGAAGGCGGAGGCCGCGUCUCUCUUCGAGAGGGAAGCGACUGGGCGACGCUUGGGCGAUCUCUCCGGCGACUUUGCGGAGGACGUACCGCGCCAAGGCGCGAGGACCUCCGACAUCAAGGCCAACGCUCGCAGCGCCAAGCUGGCCACCAACGCUUCUUCGUCCGCCGGGUACCCGCCCUUGAGCUUCUCGCCGGUGCAGAUCUCCGCCAUGGCUUGCGUUCAGUUCGACUUGGACUUGACCCUCAUCUCUGGCGGCAUCUUCCCAGGCUUGAUCGGCGUGGGCCUGUCUGGGGAGGUGCGGCAGAUCCCAGGCACGAAGUGCUUCGGAUGGAACCUGGAGCUGUUCCUGCAGAUCUCGAUUGGAUUCGAGAUAGGCUCUCUGCCCUUCCGCAUCUCCUUUGUCAUGAUUUCCACGCUGUCUGUCCAAGAGCAGCCCCUGGACAUUGCUCGCGGGGAGCUGAUGUGGGAGCUUCCGUAUGGCUACGACACGUCCGUGUGCCACACUAGCGACCCCUUCACGCUCGUCGAGAGAACAUUGACAGAGCACCUUUUUGUCGGUCCUUCAUCGCGUCCACGAUCCUGCCCAGCAGCGGCUUCGCGGAACGUGCGGAGAACUCCCUGA